AUGCUGGCCGCGGGUCCGAAUUGUGAAUCAUUCUAUGAAUGCCGUAAUGGUGCAGUAGAGGAGAUUCCCUGUCCACCUGGAACCCUUUGGAAUACAAUAAUCGACCGUUGCGAUUUGGAGGAAAACGUGAACUGUGCGGAUGAUGGUACUUUGGCGCCGCCAGUUACGGUUACAACAACUCCAAAUCCACAACCACCGAUAACGCUUGUGCCGACUUGUGGACCUACGGAUAAUUUCUUAGCCGCGGGGCCCAAAUGUGAAUCAUUCUAUGAGUGCCGUAAUGGUGCAGUGGAGGAGAUUCCCUGUCCACCUGGAACCCUUUGGAAUACAAUAAUCGACCGUUGCGAUGUGGAGGAAAACGUGAUCUGUGAGGAUGAGGAUACUACAACGCCGCCGAUUACACAACCAACUACGAUACCAACCGUAACAGCAUCUCCAAAUCCAACGGUCUCACCACCACUGGUAACGCAUAUGCCGGAUGUGGAGGGCGCUCUGCCCAUAAUAUUUCCCGGAACUGACUGUCCGGAAGGUGAGCGUGCGUUUGCAGUGCAUGAGUUUGAGUGUCGACGAUUUUACUACUGUCUAGACGGCGUACGACAUCCACAGACCUGUCCGUUUUUGCAAAAGUUCGAUAUUAUCCGUGGUCACUGCGUACCGGAAACGGAUCCAGAGCUAUGGUGCUUUAAUGACUUGUGA